AUGAGUCCGACUGGCCUCGCGAUAGCGGGGUUGGCGAAAGGGUGGCUUCGCGUGGCAAGCACGGAUUGGACGGCCAGCGCAAGCAGUCUUCACGUGGCGAUUCUCAACGCGAGGGUGAUGGUUCGGACAUGUCGAGAAGGCGGAAGCGAUACAGCUAUCAGGAGUUCAACCCUCCCACCUCCCGUGCGCCUAGUCUCGCCCGAACCACCCCUCCCCCGGCACCUCCCCCCAACCGGGGACAACGCGGACAGGGACCCUAGCAGCAAUCCGUACUACGUCCCUGGUGCUACUUACUACGAUAGCUUUCAAGCUCCCAGCGCGGAGAAGCGGAAACCUGCGGAGGAACGGCGGCAGCGCGGGAAAACGCGGACUGGUGAGGAUGCGGAUGUAGCUAGGCGUGGCGGCGGUAGUAGCAGCGGUGGUGUUGGGCCGAGCAGCAGAGGGGGGGUUGCUGGUGCGGUGGAGAAGGGUGAAGCUGGGUGGGAGGAGGGGUGGGUGAGUCCGGAGGAGAAUUUGUAUGUGAGGAAUGAAGGGGGUUACUACAGCACUCCGGUUGCCAAGGGAGAGAAACAACGAGAGGCGAGGGAGGCGUUUCGUGAUGGUGAGCGGAGAGAGAUGGUUGGGGAUGGUGAGCAGAGAGGGAAGGUUCGAGAUGGUGAGCGGAGGGUGGCGAUUCCAGAAGGGAUGCAUGGAACGCUGUGCCCUGAAGGGGGGCAAGGGGGACUGUUGUCUCCUGAUGGAGCCAGUGCCAGCUCCGACAGCCACAUUGACGCGUCCUCCCCACUGCCGCUCCCCGAAACCUACAUUCCUAACGCUGACUAUGCUGGCUAUGGCGGGUAUGGCGGGUAUGGUAGCUGCGGGAGUGACUCGUCCCCCACCAUGUUCCCCCCUCACGACCCCGCCAGUCACCCUAAUUCUGACCAGCGCCUGGAAGCUCGCCGACGUGACUCGCAGCAGCACUACCCGCUCUCCCACCGCCCACACGCUUCCCACCAGCAGCAGCAGGAGCCGCGGCCGCAGCAGCAAGGUCACCAAGGCCCCUCCCACCAGCAACAGCAACAGCAGCAGCAGCAGCAGCAGCAGCAGCACAACGCCCCGCAAGCAGCAGCCUAUCUGCUGCGCAAGACCCCCUCCGCUCUGAACCGGUUCUCCCUGCCGCGCAAGCCCGGGGAGGAGGGCGCGGAGGAGGAGAUUAUGCUUGCGCGGAUGAGCAGCAGAGGCAGCAGCCGCAGAGGUGAUGCCGAGGCAGGCUCGGGACUAGGCGAGGCUCGGCACCAAGCCAGAGCUGGUUGGUCGGCUAGGGGAGGGCAGCAGGGGUAUGAGCAGGAGCGGGGUGGGAAGGUGGAGGGGGAUGUAGUGAGUGAGGUGCCAUUUCACGAGAUCGUUGCAGGAGCAAGACUAAGCGGCGCUAUCCCCACUCCCGCCCCUAGCAGUGGCCCCCUUGCGCUUCCCCCAUCCGCCCAGUCCGCCCCCGCUGCUGACGUGGCUCCAUCCCUCGUCUCGUUCGUGCCUCUCCCCCUCGGCUCGUAUAGUGAGGGCGGGUUGGAGGGGGAGGAGGGUGCAGGCGUGGGGGAAGGGGGAGGGAAGGGGGGAAGAGGGGGAGCGGGGGAGAUGGAGAGGAAGUGGGAGGGGGAGAGGAUGCGGAAGGAAGGCGUUGGGGAGGAGAGGGCAGGAGAAGUGACGAAAGGGCUCGAUGGGAGGAGGGCGGGGCGAGCAGGAGGGGCCCUGGGUGGCUGGUCGAGGGGCAGGAGGAGAGGGAUGACGGAGAUUAAAGAGGUGGUGGAAGGGGGGGAGGCGGAGAGGGCGGGCGGGAAAGGAAAGGGGUGGGGAGAGGGGGCGGGAGGAGAGGGAGAGGGGUUGAGGUGGGCGAAGAGGGAGGAAGGGAGGGACUUGUCGAAGUUAGACAGGUGGGCCGCGGAGGGGAGGGGUGGGGGGCAGCAGGUGCUUGCGGACGAAGACGACCCGUGGAUGCAGCGGCUGGGGCUGCUUCAGGGAGGCAGUGAGGAUGAGGAGGAGGAGGAGGAGGAGGAGGAGGAAGGGUACAGGGAGAGGAGUGAGAGGCUGGAGGAGAGGCAGAGGCGGUAUGAGGAGGGGCUGAGGCGGGCGGAAGCAGAGCAGCGAAUGGUGGUUUUGCGGGGCAGAGAGGAGGGAGAGGUGGAUGUGAUGGGGGGAAUGGGUGGAGAGCGAGGGAACGAGCAGCAUGGUGCUGAUGCUGCGUCCCGUGCUGGUGGCGCCACUUAUGGUGUCGAUGGUUCUGGUGCUGAUGGUGUUGAUAACGCUGCUGCUGGUGGUGGUGGUGUUGGUGACUACAGCAGUGGGAUGGAUGGGGAACGCCAUGCCGAUCCGUCCAACGAUGUGAAUGACCGCAGUAGAGGCGUCUCGAAUGGUGCAAGUGCGUCAGAUGGUGGUGAUGCUGCUGCUGCUACAGCAGCCGUUCCCCUGCAUGUGUAUGCAUCAGAGCCAGCAGAUCUCGAGCCUCAUGCCAUGGGUGCCCCACCUGACCUGCUGCCACCCGCACAGAGAUCCAAGGGGCAACAUGCCUUGGGUUACCACCCGCACAGUGUUACGCAUCCCCACACACCAUUCCACCCAUCGAGCCCCACCACCGUUCUGCACAUCGCUCAAUCGCACUCUGCUCAUUCUCACACUGCCCACACCGCCCACACGCACACCUCUCACGCCCAUACUGCUCACGCACACACGCAUCCCCACUCGCAGCUGCUCUCACCUGCACACCCCGAGUCACACGCCCUGGUCCCCACCACCAGUCCCCCCGGUGAUCCCUUCGCGCCCCUGCCUGCUGCUCUGCGCGCGGGGCUGCUCAGAAGACUCAAAGAGGCCGACUCUGCUGGCCCCCUCAAAGAGGACGUUCUUUUCAUUGCCACUGCCGGCCCUGCCACCCCGGCUGCUGCUGCUGGUGCUGGUGCUGGUGCUGGUGCUGCUGGUGCUUCUACCAGCGCUGCUGGCAUUGGUGGCGCUGGUGCUGCGGAUGGGGCGGGUGGAGGUCCCCUUAUAAGCAGGUCCGUUAAGGGCAUUCUUUGCCGGACCAAGGCAGGUCUUCUCCCCCCGAGCCUGGUGGAGGCUGUGUGCAAGCCUGGCGCCCUGGGUCGGGCUGCCACAGCCUACCGCUACAGGGGAGGGGGCGACUUCCUGUUUCGCACCCUGGCCACGCUGCAGAUGGAGGGGGAGGAGAGGCAGGGGGAGGGGGAGGGGGAACGGAAGAGGGAGGGGGAGAGGCAUGGUGAAGGGGAGAGGGAGGUGGGUCUGGUUGGAGGUGAGGAGAAAGGGAUGUUGGUGGCGGGAGGAAAUAGUGGGGUAGAGAGCACUGGUGCUUCUGCUGCUGCUUCUGCUGCUGCUUCUGCUGCUGCUGCGGCAGCGGUGGCGGCUGGUGAUGCAGGCGCGGAUGGGGAUGGGGAGAAGGGAGAGAUGGGAGGGGCAGGUGGGAGAGAAGGGAAGAGAGAGAAGGGAGGGAAGGAAGAGAAGGGAGGGAGGGGGGAGAAGGGAGGCAGGGAGGCGGAGGGGGAGGAGGACGAAGCAUGUGACUAUGAAGAGGAGGCAAGGGCCGUUGCCCUCUCUCUCUUCGGCUUCCCCCACUCGCUCAACGACUUUGGAGGGCUUCUAGAGGGCGACGGGCAGGCAGACGGGUCUGGGCAGAGGGAAAAGAUUCAGGAGCUGCCCGGUCGAGGUGGCAGCAGGAGCGAGAGAGUGGUCCGGGGGGGAGCGGAACCUGGGGAGGGGGGCGAGAGGGCAGGUAGAGGGGAGGAGGAAGGGGGCGAGGGAGGAGAGAGGGGAGAGAGCGCGGUGCAGCAGAGCCUGCGGCAGCUAGAGCAGGCGCUAGCGGCGGGGAGGAUGCCUGUAGACGCUGCUGCGCUGCGCCAUGAGCUGUUGCUGCUCAUGGGGGGAGGCGCGGGGAGCAGGGGGGAUGUGUGGGGUGGCACGGGGCACAGGGGGGAGGUGGGGGGAAGCCGGGGGGAGAUGGUGGAAGGCAGGGGUGACAGAACAAUGGAAGGGGAGAGUGAGAGGGGAAGUGAAGGGGUGCAGGGUGAGGGAGGUGGAGAGAUUGAGGGGUAUGGAGAGGGAGGGGGGGUUGGAGAAGAGGAAGAGUAUGGAGGGGAGUUGAGGCGGGACGACAGCAGUGCGUCUGCCGCUGCUGCUGCUAGUGCCAGUGCUGCUGCUAGCACCGCAAUCGUUGUCCAAGGCAGAGGCGAGGGCCGAGAGGAGAACACGUGGGAGGGUGGUGUGAGCGAUGAGCAGCGGCAGGAAACAUUGGUGCUAGAGGCACGUGAGGAGAAGAUGCAGAGGGGAGCAGGCGAGGGGGAGAUGGUGGGGGCAGGGUGGGGAAGCACAGGCGUGAGAGAGGGAGGGGGGGAUCCUGAGGGGCUUGAGAAGGUGCAGAGUGCGGGGGGCAAUGGGGAGAUGUUGGAGGCAGGGUGGGGAAGCGAGGGAGGGAGAGAAGGAAUGAGUGCAGGCGUGAGUGAGGGGGCAAGCGAGGAGGAGGAAUGGAGUGAGGAGGACUUGCGAGCUCUGGAGAUGCUGCGAGUAGAGGCUACACUGCACCCCGUGGAAGCAGCGCAGGCAAUGCAAGAAGCAACUCUUUCUGCUGCUAGGCCGCAGGUGGAGAUGGCGGAGGCUGAUGGCCACGUGCCCGUGGCACUGCAGCUGUUCGACCUCGCAGACAAGUGUGACGCUCAGCCUGCCUCUGCGCUCAUCGCUGCACGCACGGCCUUCAUGCAACACCACGGCCUUCUGUCCGCGCAGCACGCACAUCAGCAUGUUGCUACCGCGGCACCCGCUCCUGUAUCUGAUGCGCCCACUGCUGCUGCCGCUACUGCCAAGUCCCAGCCCGCUACAGUGCUGCGCCCCUGCCGCUCCACCCACCACCUGGUUGCUGUGUAUGACCUCCAGGGGGGGCGGGUGAGUGGGGAGGAGUGUAGUGAGCUGGGAGGGGGGACUGGCGAGGUGAAAUCACUUCCGAGAGUUCUCAAAAGCGGCCUCAAGGGGGGGAGGGUGAGUGGGGAGGAGUGUAGUGAGCUGGGAGGGGGGACUGGCGAGGGGGGUAGUGGGGAGGUUUGCAGAGGAGCAGGAGUGAGGGAAGGUGAGAGGAUUAGUGGGGAGGAGCCGGGUGGAAUGGGAGGGUGGGAAGGCGAGAGGGACGUGGGAGGAAAUGUGAAUCCGGGAUGGGAAGCAGGAGGUGGUGAAAGGGCAGCAGGGGUGGGUGGGAGUGGGGAGGGAGAGGCAGAGGCAGCAGCAGAGGAAGGGGUGGUGAGGCUGGACGUUGUGGGAGGAGUGGAGGGAGCAUCAGGAGCAGUAGGAGGUGCGAGUGAGAGGGAUGCAGGAGGUGAGGCAGGGGCGAGUGUAGGGACUCCAUCCCCUGUGAGGGCAUGGAGUCGAGGGGCAAGGGAGCGGGAGAGGGAGAUCGCUGCAGGGAUUACUGCACAGGUCACCAAGAGCUCAUAUGAUGGUGCUGAUAACAUCCCCAGCACAGCAGCAUUUGGCAGCCCUUUCAAGGCAGCAGCAGCAGCAGGAGCCGCGUCAGGCUCUCCCGCCCGGCCCCCCUCCUCUGCUCUGUCCCCCAUAAAGCCGUCCUCGAUAAACGCAGCGGCAGGGGCGUCGGCAGCAGCAGCAUCAGGUGGAGUGGGGUACGGGCCGUCAGCGGCAUCAGGUGGAGUGGGGUACGGGCCGUCAGCGGCAUCAGGUGGAGUGGGGUACGGGCCGUCUCCCUCUGCCUCGCCCUCGCCUGCUCGUGCUGCCCGCACGGCCCUCUUCUUUGAAACCGUCAAGAGGGCUGCAGGGGUCACCGCGGACGCAGCGGCGGCGGAGGGGAGUGGCGCCGGCAGGGAUAGGUUGGCGUUGAGGGAGGGGGUGAGUGCAGGGCGAGGCGGAGUGGGGGGAGAGGGUGGCCUGUCAGGUGUGGGAAGGAGUGGGGGAGGGGUGGGGAGCAGCAGCUCUGGGGUGGCAGGUGGGAGUUCAGGUGUAGGAGGUGCGAGUUCCGGUAUUGGGGGUGGCAGUCCCAGUGUGCUGGAGAAGCUGAGGCGAGCCAAGGCUCAGCUGAUGCAGCUGCAGCAGAACUACCUGAGGGACCCGCCACCGCACUCCACCGCCUCGCACUCCUCGCCUUCGGGUGCUACCACGGGGAAUUCACCCUCGCUGCAGCUUCAGGCAGAUGUGAACCGCACCCCCAGCAGCAGCGCUCAGAGCAUGCGCUCCGAACCUGACCCGCUGCUUCUGGGCCCCACCCCUGCCCGAACCGACGUGGCUCGGUAUGAGAAGGCUCGGAAGGGCCUGCCGAGCCUGGAUGAGGAGACGCCGAUUGGUGGGUGGAGUUCGGACGAGGGUGCGGGGGGAAGGAAUGGAGGAGACAGAGCAGGUGACAGAGCACGGGAGGGGAACGCAGCGGGAGCAGAAGAAGGGGGAGAGGCAAGCGGAAAAGAGGGGACGAAAGAACAUAUUGGAGGGGAGGAGGCAGGGGGGGGAGGAGGUUUGAGCAUACGAGCUGUGUCCCCUGUGAGAGGGGGAUGGAGCAGAGGGUCGGGAGGCAUUGGGAGGGCAGGAGGGUCACUUGGGGAAGGAGCAGCAGAGAGUGGUGUGAGGUCAGACAAUGGGGGUGUGGGAGAAGGAGGGGGAGACGGAGGAGUGGCAGGAUCAGAAGGGAGGGGAGGAAGGGGAGGAGCAGGUGAAGGAAAGGAAGGAGGGGAUGGGGCGAUGGAUGCGGCAAGUACUUAUCCAAUGGCGUGGAAAUCAGGGAUGCUUGGCCCCAUGAUCGUCAAGGUGCUCCUAUUGCCGGCGCUCGUGCUUUAUGUUUUUGCCAUUGCAAGGUUACGAACGGGGUCGUCGACGGGAGUCCCGACUCCUCUGUGCGUCACACAGCCGACUGACCCGCCGUGUGCCGUGUGCCACAAGGCCCUCGCGGAACCGCCGGAGCGAAAUCCAAACUACAGAUGCAACCCGUCACUUAUGAUCCGAUAUCGGUUCCGACCUUAUACAGCGGAUGGAGGUGUGACUGUACGCAGUGACCACGCAGACGAGGGUUGUGAUUCCAACGGGGUAGCUCAGCCGAGUUCCAGAGAGGCGGCUAAUGGCUCUGGUGGUGUUUCAACACUCCUGACUGAAUCAGUCAAUUGGACGGAUUCUGUCAAGCUGACGGAUUCUUUCAGCCUGGAUCUGGCUCCUGGCGAGGAGUGGCGGCACAUUCAGAUUGACGCGGGCAAGUGCUUUCGGGAGCAGGUGCUACGGUGGUUCGUGCGCUGCAAGAUACCCACCAUUGAUGCGCUGAUUCUCACGCACGAGCAUGCGGACGCCAUACUGGGCCUGGAUGACGUCAGAGGGCUGCAGCGCAUUCCCCGCCACCCAGCAGACCACGUGGAGCCGCUCUCUGUCUUCCUCUCCCACCGCUGCAUGGCCAGCGUUCGAGACAAAUUCCCCUACCUCACUCUCACACCCCCUCGCCCUGCUCCCUCGAUCGCACCUCCCUCCGCUGCCCCUCCUGCUGCUUCUGCUGCCACUGCUGCCGCUGCUGGCCCUGCUCCUGCCACUGGUAACCAGCCAUGUGGGGUGAGCCAGGAUAGUUCACCUGAGCUAAGGGCAGCAGAUGCAGGGGUGAUGACGGAGGGAGGAGAGGGCGGCGUGAAAAAAAUAUCUCGGCGGGUGUCUCGAAUUGACUGGCAGAUCAUUCAACAGAGCGUUGCUGCUCCCUUCAAUGCGGCUGGUCUCACAGUCACUCCCCUUCCUGUGCAGCACGGAGAGGACUACAUAGCAUUGGGGUUUGAGUUCGGAAGCCAUGAGCGAGUGGUGUACAUGUCAGAUGUCUCAAGGAUCCCACAUGCCACUCUCGCCUGUACGUAUGCAAGGAGGCUCUUUUCUUCUAAUACUGCUGCGCUAUAA